AUGGACUUCAAAGGGGCCAUUCUUCUGCUCCUCCUUAUAAAGUCAGUGCUCUGCUUCUCCCAGCACAGACUUGGGAGAAACUCCAGAGCCUCUUCCAAGAUGCUGGUGGUUCUGUUCACGGUGGUCCUGCUGGCCCUGAGCUCUGCUCAGGAACAAGGUCAAGGCAGUGACUUGCUUCUUCCAGCACAGACUUGGGGAAACUCCAGAGCCUCCUCCAAGAUGCUGAUCAUCCUCUUCACAGUGGCCCUGCUGGCCCUGAGCUCUGCUCACGAACCAGGUGAAGAACUUCAGAACCAAAACCAGAUCCUCAGUCAAAGGCCACAUCCUUCAGGAUUCCAACAAAGACCACCUGCUAAUGGGAAUCAGCAAGGUGCACCCCCACAAGGAGGACCACAGCAGGGACCCCCUCAAGGCCCACCCCAACAAGGAGGCCCUCAGCAGAGACCACCUCAGGCUGGAAACCAACAAGACCCACAACAAGGUCCCCAAUUGGACAGACCCUAG